GAGGCUCGGCUGCCUCCCACUCUCCAUCAGACAGCGGGCAUGUCCGCUCACAGAGCAGCAGGAGUUCCAGGUCCAGUCCCUUUCACAGGACCAGGAGGACCAGAGGAUGACAGCAGACAGAAAUGGUCCAAAGCCAUGCUCCAGAACCCGUUCUGCCAUCAUAGUGCACUGGCUCUAGUCAGCAGAGCCAAGGUAAGUUUUAUUUACCGUCACCUUUAUUAUGCAAACACUGUUACAAUCUAAAAAUGUAGCCAUGUUGUGUUCAAAACUUCUAAUAGAAAAUAAGAAUGUUAGCUCUUUUUUUUCUUAUAUUCUAUGAUGUUGAGUUUUCAGUUUGUAUGUUAUUUUUAUUUUUAUUUUGUACAUUUAGUUUUAGCUGUCUGGCACUUGUAGUAAAAACAAUAUAAACUUAAUUUUACGAAUAAAACUGGCCUAUAUUGUUGAUUUAAAGGUUUAUAGAACAUGAUUCUACUUUUGACUUUAAUGAAAAUAUUUAGUAAUUAAGCAUUGAUUUUUUUUUGUACUAAUAUAGUUAAAAAUGGAUUGUAACAUUUAAUAUUUUUUAUUGCUCACAGAUACCCAAAUGAAUUCCUAGCACUGGUGAUUGCAUAAACAAAAUUUAAGGUCAUCACUGGUCAUUUAUAUUUGGUUCUAUUGCAGUAAAACACAAAAUAAUUUGACCUUCCUGGAAUGAUCUAGAUCAAGUAGGACCAGAAUUGCAUAUUUAUUUGAUAGUUUUUGAUUGAUUCGAAGUUUUCUAACAUUUUUUUUGUGCAGCACAUUGAGGCAACUUUGACUAUAAAUGGGUAUUUUUUAAACAAACUCAAAUGAACAAAAGAACUUUUAAGCUUUGUGCCACUAAAAUAAGAUACAAAAUCUUACUUUUUAAAAGAAAAUUUCCUAAACUUGAAAUGAAAUGCAACCUUUCACAAUCACUCAAGAGUUUUUGUUGUCUUUUUACAUGUCAUUACCAGCCUCGUCCCCGCACGUCCACCGCCUCUGGAGACUUUGUGUGCUCGGUUUGCCAUAAGGUGUUCCCCCUGCAGCGCAUGCUGACCCGUCACCUUAAAUGCCACAGCCUGGUCAAGAGACAUCCGUGUCGAUUCUGUGGCAAAGGAUUCAACGAUACCUUCGACCUGAAGAGACACAUGAGGACUCACACAGGUAUCCGUCCUUACAAGUGUGAGCUGUGCGAGAAGGCGUUCACACAGCGCUGCUCUCUGGAGUCCCACAUGAGGAAAAUUCAUGGCGUUCACCAGCAGUACGCCUACCGCCAAAGACGCUCCAAGAUCUUUGUCUGUGAAGACUGUGGUUACACUUCAAGCCGCCCAGACGAGUAUUUCCUCCACGUGAGACAACGUCACCCCAGCAGUCCUGCCCUUCGCAGAUACUACCGCCGUCAGGCCCAUGAAAACAGCACUUUUGCAUCGACAGACCCCAAACUCGCCCCUUAUGUGUUGUAUUCCACCCCCACAUACUUCAUGUAGCAUUUUGUGCUCCUUCUUAUUCUUCCCCUAAAUUGUGUAAAGAUUAGCUCGAAGUCUAUACCAAAAAAAUAGAACAACCUUCCAUAAACCAGCAUAAGAUCCAUAGUUAUGUUUAAUAU